AUGACGAGUGUAGAGUUGAUUGAUAACUAUUUCUUAGACUAUGAGAAUAUAAUAGACACAGUAUCUAAUAAGCUCUAUACGGAUAUUAGUGCGCAGUCUGGCCUCGAGAGGAAAUCAACGCUGAGAUGGCUCCAGAAUGAGUUGAACGAGGCUGACGAUAUACUCACGCAAAUUGAAUUCGAGAUACCUUCACUCGCUGCCGAAUUCAAGGAUCACUAUCAAUCUAAGCUCAGAAGCAACAAAUCUACACUAUCAAAGCUCAAGGAUGAGACUGGACGCCUUCUAGAUAGCUCAGAUAGACAUGAAUUGCUAGCUGGGAGCUCAGAUUCCCCUUACUAUGACGACCAGCAAGAACGCCAAGAUUUACUACUCGAUGCCGACAGGAUGGAUAACACUAAUGCGAGGUUAGAGAAUAGUCACAGAAUCGCACUCGAUACCGAGGACGUUGGUGCUGAGAUAUUACGUAACCUCCGUCAACAGAGGGAGCAGAUCGAGAACACGCACAACACGCUCGGUGAAGCUGACACAGGUAUCGACAGAUCAAUGAGAACAUUGAAGAAAAUGUGGAGACACUCAAUCAAGCAGAAAGCUGUGACUUGGCUUAUAAUAGGAAUACUAGUUUUACUGAUUUUAAUAGUUUUAUGGGGAAAAUUCAUGUAA